CGCCCGCCGAGCGCGCACGUCCCCCGCGUCGCGGUCACCUGUAGCGCCGACCCCAGUGUUUACGGAUUACAGUGAAAAAUUGUGCCCAAGUGUGUGCUACUCAGUGUUUUUAUGAAUGAAUGAAAAGUCAUCGUGCAUAACCGGUUGCCGGAUGGUUUGGACUGCGGACCGGUUCCGAUUUCCGCCGAUACGAGUUUCGUGGGAAUGCACGCUGGACUGAACGAAGUGUCAAAAAUGACCAAAUGACGUGAAACAUAGAGUGGUACUUGUAGUGACUGUGUAGUGACUUAGUGACAAGUAGUGUUAGUGACAUAUAGUGACAUGUGGCGGUGAUCCUCUCGACUGAUUAGUGUAAUAUGUGCUGUGUUGUUAUUAGGGAAAUAUAUCAAAAUGUGUGCCAAACUUAGGAAUUUAAUCGUCGCGUUUUGUGUGGUGGUAUGCGCGGCUGCCUUCCAGCAGCAGUACUUCAGGGUUGUGCCUCGGAGUCUGAGGGUCCAGGAGGGAGCUGAGGCGGUUCUAGAAUGUGCAGUGGCCAACCUUGCAGGACAGGUGCAGUGGGCUAAAGAUGGAUUUGCACUUGGUUUCUCCUCAGUGAUCCCGGGCUACCCUCGCUACACGAUGUUCGGGGACCGUCGGCACGGAGUGUACAACCUGAGGAUAGUGAACUCCUCGCUGGAGGACGAUGCGGAGUACCAGUGCCAGGUGGGACCGGCACAGAUGCACAAGGUCAUCAGAGCCAACGCCUCGCUCACCGUUAUAUCACCUCCAAACGCAGUGGAGAUCACGAAUCACCCAGCCAACUCGAAGCUGGAGGUGAAGGAAGGCGAGGAUGUGUCACUGGAGUGCCUGGUGAAGAACGCCAAGCCUGCAGCCAGGAUCGUCUGGUUCAGGGGCAAUGUGGAGCUGAAGGGGGAUAAAGUGUCAAAAGAAGAAAUAAGAGAAGUGGAGAGUCCGAAUGGAAACCCCAAAGCGAUGCGGUACACUACUAUAUCCAGAGUACACUUCAAAGCGACAGCAGACGAUGACUAUGCGGACUUUACUUGCGAAGCACGGCACGAGGCGUUGCAGAGAGACAGCCCUAUGCGAAGCACUGUGCAGCUCAGCGUGUUAUAUCCACCUGGUGCUCCCUACAUCGAAGGUUAUGCGGAAGGAGAGACAGUACGCCGAGGACAGAGCCUGGAGCUGGUCUGUAGAAGUCGAGGGGGAAACCCACCAGCUCAGCUCAUCUGGUACAAGAAUGGGGAGCAGAUACGCAUGGCUUAUAGAACCAGUGGCAGAAUGUCAGAAAACGUGCUGUCCUUCAAGGCAGACGCGUCGGACAACAAAGCGAGGUAUACCUGCGAAGCCAAGAAUGUCAUGAUCAGCAACACUUUGAAAGCUGAGAUAGAUCUCACUGUACUAUUUGCCCCCUCCCACGUCACCAUCUCUGGACCUUCAGAAGCCAGGGUCGGGGAUCCAGUGCCCCUGACCUGCAGCACGGCUCCAUCGAACCCUGCAGCAGACAUCAAGUGGCUGGUACUAGGCAAGCAUCAUAAGGAAGCAAGCAACAGGACUGUUAUAUCUCCUGAAGGUGGUUGGAUCACGACGUCGAAUAUCACAGUGGUGGUGGAACCUAACAAGAGGUCCAUAGUGGUGGUCUGCCAUGGCAUCAACGGACAACUGACGGAGAAUGUAGUCGCCACACACACCAUCAAUGUGUUAUACCCCCCAACGGCUCCAAUGAUCACGGGCUACAUUCCUGGCACCACCCUCUCUGCUGGCACCGUCCAGAGGCUGUCCUGCAUAUCCUCGGGAGGGAACCCACUGGCUACUCUUACGUGGUUCAAGAAUGAUAAGAAGAUACAUUCAGUAACGAAGACGGUGGAGCGCUCAGUGUCGGCUGAGAUCUCGAUCCUGACGAAUGUGACUGACAACCAGGCUCAGUACCGCUGUGAAGCCACCAACAGUGCCACUGAGAUCCCACUCUUUGAAACUGUUACGCUUAAUGUGUAUUUCGCCCCUGAAGCUGUGAAAGUCCGAGUGUCUCCUGAAGAGCUGAAGGUGGGAAUCGAAGCCACACUAUCCUGCGACGCUGCCAGCAGUAACCCCCCCGCUACACUGUCGUGGUGGAGGGAUGGUAUACCUGUACAGGGUCUACCGAUGCAACAGAAGAAGGGUCUGCACGGCGGCACGGUGUCCACCAUCGAGCUGAAGCUGACCAUCACCAAGGACCUCAACGGCGCCGUCUACACCUGCCAGGCUAUGAACGAGGCUCUACAGAGGAGCGUCCAUGAUGCACUGCCGCUUAAAGUUCUAUAUGCGCCAAUCUUCGACGAGACGACUCCGUACACGACAGUGGGGGUUGAGAACGAGCCUCUGAUCAUAGUGCUGCGAGCUGAUGGUAACCCGGGCAGCAUCACGUAUACCUGGACUAAGGACGGACUGCCCAUAGCACAGUCUUCUUACAGUACUGGAAAUGACCGAAUAAUAUCUGAAGGCAGCAUGCUGAACAUGACGAAGUUGUCCCGCCAUGAUGCUGGAGUAUACACGUGUGAGGCAGUCAACUCGCAGGGAGCUGCUGUUGCCAAUAUCAGCGUGUCUGUUCACUACCCGGCGAGCAUAAAGUCUGUGAAUCUACAUGAAGUGGUCAGCCCCAAUCAGGAUGCCAUGCUGACCUGCACUGCUAAUGGUAACCCUUUAACAGCAGACAACAUACGUUGGGAACGCAAAGGUUACAAUAUUAACCCUAACCAGGUUACUUUUGAACCUCGAAACCUUACAAGCACUUUGGUGGUGAAACAAGCCACCAGGGAGGAUGUGGGUAACUUCCAAUGUGUGGUGGAUAAUGGAAUAGGGGGAGAAACGAGACAGGAUGUUAUGCUAGUGGUGAAGUUUAAACCAGAACUGGAUAGCUCGCCUAGCUUGAUGAAAUCUGCUUCUAAUGUUGGUCAAGUUGGGAGAUUGACGUGCAAAUGCCGAGCGGCUCCCGCGCCAAAUUUCACGUGGUCCAAGAAUGGUGCCAAGCUACCAGUCAACACUUCGACCAAGUAUUUUGCGGAGUUCCACAAACUGGAUCCAGUGACGUAUACCUCUGUGCUCCUCAUCAAUGACGUCAGCUCCUCAGACUAUGGGUCCUAUGAAUGCGGAGCGAGGAAUGACUUGGGAUUCUCCACCACAUCUGUGAAGCUGGAUAUCACUAGUGCCCCAGAUCAAGUAAUAUCAUUGAUUGUGACGAAUGUGACCCACAACACCGUGACGCUGCAGUGGGUGCCUGGGUUUGAUGGCGGGCUGCCGUCCUGGUUCAGAGUGCGAUACAGGAGAGUCUUUGAAGAAUCUUAUAAAUAUGAAGACGUGGUACCUAGAAAUGCAACCACAUUCACCAUCGGAGGUCUUGACCGCAAUACUGAUUACGUUUUCUCCGUAAUGGCAAUUAACAAAAUUGGACAAAGCAAAUACCGACCAGACGAUACUAAAGUCACUACACUGACUUCUUCAGAGUUAGGCGAGUUGAAUGUUGUGUCUACAGAGUUUGUCGAAACGGCUGACGUGUCGAAGUCUGUAGUCAUAUACGUGUCUAUUACUGGAGUCAUACUAGUCAUGAUAAACGCUGCCUUAGUUGCUUGUUUUGUAUUGAAAAGACGAUCUAGACGUCUUAAAGAACAAGCGGGGCAAGCGUCUAAAUCAGCCACAAUAGAGAUGUAUGCUCCGUCAUCAUACAAUGACACGAUGACGGGAGAGACGCUGAGCUCCGUCUCCGAGAAGUCGGAGACAUACUCGCAGGAUGAGGGGACUGAUGAUAGGCAGCCUCCGCCGAUACCUGAGGUUCCAUCCAUGCCUACUAGGCAUAUGUUGAGUCAGACAACGGACGCCUUCCUAAUGGAUGACCAGGGCCUGGUGAUUCCACCACCACUGGACUAUCCUCCUCCUAACUAUGCGGUGUACGAUGGAGACCACGCCAGGACGCUGCCGCACCCUCACAGACACAAGGACAUUACUGGACAUAGCACGCUGGGUAGAAGUACAGGCAAACAGAACUACGUGCCGGCUCCGAGCCCGAUGCCGCCGCUGGACGGCUCCUACUACAACAUGGCGUCCGACCGGUACCUGUCCUACCCGCCGCUCAUCGGGGAGUAUUUGCAGCAGCAACAGGGUCGAACUCCCACCCCCCCGCAGCAGUACGGAGGCCAGCCACUCCCGAAGCCCCACCUCAUGAACGGCGGCCUGCCCUCCAGCUCACCGUCACACAUGGCCAGCCCACCACCACACAGCUACGCUCUCGACGACCGACAGUCGGCCGGCGGCACGCUGCGGCGGCAGCGGCUGGACAAGAUGGCCGCCGUGCCCCCGCCUGACGUCACUGUACUGCACCCCGGCAGUUGUGCACAGCACUUAGUCCAGACUCCAGCACCGAAGCAACCCCAGUCGAUCUUAAAGGACCCGUCGCGUCACAAAUAUGGCAACCAAUAUGGUAGCCCCAUAUCCUCGAGCACGCCACAAAACUCCAAUCAGAUAUUAACAGUACAGAAUUUAACCUCCGACGUCCCGCAGUACGGGACCAUUAAAAAAGAAAACAAGAAACAAAACGUCACCAUCGACGAGUCAUUUAACAAAAGAAGUGAAACCCACGUGGUCUAAAGUGACAAAAUAAAACUAAAAAUGUGUAAAGUAAAAAACUUGAAUAACAAAGUGACAAACUAAAAACUAAAAGUCGGCUAUGAGUGUAAAACUUUGAAGUGAAGUGUAAAUAAAAUGGACUAGAUAAAAAUUGUAGAUAGAUUUAAAAUAAUUGAAUGUGAUACAAGAACGAACUUUCAAACGAUUAGUGUCCAUCGCGUAGAUAGAUAUGACAACGUCGCCUAAACUAGCAUUGGGCUGCCCGGGUUGUAUUAAAAUGUUCGACUGACUUAUCAAAAUAAAUAGGUAAUACGUCCAAAUGACAUAAGCGAACAAAAAAUAUGAUUUUUUCAAUGUCCAAUUGUAAAAUCAUUUUAGAUAAUAAUACAUUUAGGGUUAAAUGUACGAUUUUAUUCAUUUAAUUUUCAUUUAAAGGCUGGAUCUAGUAUUGUUUGACAAUUUGAUGAAUCAACCGACUGGUGGACUUCGCUGGAUUGUAAAAAUGACUUAGGUGUUAGUAUAAAUUGUAAUUAAGAAUCGAUUCGUGUUCGUUGGGUGUUUGUGUCAAAGUUAUGAAAUGGGUUGUUUCAAUUUCAAAGUUUAAUAACUUAGAAUAAUCUACAAAUUGUCGAACAAACUACUGGUGUGUGCGAAUCCAAAAUUUUUAUUGAUUCCAUAAAAGGAUCUCUCGUAAUUAAGUUUUUAAGAUAAUUAUGAUUGUUAUAAAAAUACGAUUUUUGAAUUAAAAAGAAAAUGAAAUUAUUAAAUUCGGGAAAAAUUUUGAAUUUUACCCUGUCGUCGUUUUUAAUUAAAAAUUGUUCUCUAGAAAAUGUUCGAAUGCAUUUUCAUAGUUAGAAAUGGUUUCAGAAACUUAUAAAGUUGUUCCUGACAGUUAAAAUUUGUUCUCAUUGAUUUUGAGAUAUUUUGUAACAUUAAUUAUUAAUUAAUGUCACUUACAUUAAUUUGCGUUUACAUUUUAAUUCGGAUAUUUUCUUAAUUUUUUUGUUCAAUUUAAUAUAAAAACUAUAAAAGACCCCAUUACGUAUUGUGUCAAAUAUUAAACGACUGUCAUUUAUAAUCUGUAAAUUGUAAUUUUUUACAAGAAACGUAUAACUGUAUACAUAUUUACGGUUUUUAUUAUUAUUUUGUAAAUUUUUACUCGUAAGUUACUUUUUCUCUGCAUUUUUACGAUGUAAAUAAGAAAAUAAUAAUACUCAAAUCGCGAACUGACAAUAAACAUAAGUUCAAUUAAUUUUUAAUUUAUGUCCAUCUUGAUUCUAUGUAAAUAAUAUAUUGUACCUAAUUGUAUUUUUUACAUUAAUAGCGUUUCAACCCCAAAAUUUAAUCGGUCAUAAUAUUCACAUGCCAAAGUUUUAUUAAUUUUAUUCUUUAAGUUAUUAAGAUACUUAAUUAUUUUCUAUUAUUAUUAUUUUCUUUAAAAUCGAAUUUGUAACAAUUGCGAUGAUGAUUUCGUUAAAAUAUUGACUGAUUGUCUUUAUUUUAUUUUUAAACAUUAUUUUUUCAAGUUCGAAAGUCCAUCCAAUCACGAAAUACGAUUUUAUAUUUACAAAAAAGUCUAUUGUUACAUUUCGAAAAUAAAAAACCUAAUAAUUA